UAUGUAUUCUCGCGGCGACAGCACAUAUCGCGUUCUCAUACAGGGUGUUCUCUAGCUAGCUAGCUACAUCAAAAACAAGAGCUGUCAACUUUCGAAAUCAAGUGUCAAGACUUCCAUGUCUGAACCCAAGUCCACAGAGUCCCCGGGUUCUGGKUGUGGUGUUCCAGCCCAGAGAAGCUCACAGCAGAGUCCAGAGAUGGUGUCAUUGAAGCUGGAAGACUGCAGUCAAACACUGGAACUCAAUGUGAUUGUCAAAGAGGAAUGGGAGGAGAGAGGAAUCGAGGAGGAGAUACAAGUAAAAGAGGUGGAUCAGAGAGCAGUCAAAGAGGAGGUUGAGGAAAGAGGAGUCAAAGAGGAAGUAGAGAUGGCAGUCAAAGAAGAGCAUGAGAGAACAGUCGAAGAAGAAGUGAAGGAGGAGCGAGCAGCCAAAGAAGAGCAGGGGGAGAGAGUGGUCAAAGAAGAAGAGCAGGGGGAGAGGGAAGUCAAAMAAGAAGAGGAGAACAGGGAAGUGUCUGCUCCAGAUCUACAGGAAGAGGAGGAAGUAGAUAGUAUCACUGACCCAGGAGAGAGCUACAACACAGUUUCAGACAGUGAGCCCAGUUCCACAGCAUCAGGAAACCAUAAACAACACAGACGGAAAAACUCAAGACAGAAACAUCACCACUGCAUGGACUGCUUCACUAGUUUCUAUGAUCCAGAGGAGUUGAGAAGGCACACUUMUAGGCCCCACCCCUGUUCAGAUUGCAGAGGCAGUUUUAUUUGUCCAACUCACCUCAUACCACACCAACAGACCCUCAAAAGAAAGAAAAUGAACUCGUGUUGUCAAUGUGGGAAGAGAUUUCAGACACCAAGCAGCUUGAAGACGCACCAGCUUACUCACAAAGGAAAGAAGUCGUACCACUGCUCCCAGUGUAGUAAGAGGUUCUGUCGUGUAGACGCCUUAAAGUCUCACCAGAGAAUACACACAGGGGAGAAGCCUUUCCACUGCUCCCAGUGUGGGAAGACUUUUGGUUUCGUCAUUCAAUUUGAAGCGACACCAGAAAAUACACACAGGGGAGAAGCCUUUCCACUGCUCCCAUUGUGGGAAGAGCUUCAGUGAUGAAGAAAGUCGAAAUAAACACCAAAGAAUACACACAAGAGAUAAGACUUUCCACUGCUCUGAGUGUGGAAAGAGCUUCAGUAAGGGAGGAAAUCUAAAGGAACAUCAGAAAAUACACACAGGGGAGAACCAUACAGCUGUGAUCAGUGUGGGAAGAGUUUCAGUCAAACAGGAGUCCUAAAGAGACCACCAGCUAACUCACACAGGAGAAAAACCUUUCAACUGCUCCCAGUGUGGGGAGGGUUUCAGUCAGUCAACACUUCUGAAGGGACACCAGCUAACGCACACAGGAAAGAAGCCUCACCCACUGCUCUCACUGCGGAAAGAGUUUUAAAUUGGAAGGAACCUUCAGAGUCAUCAGAGAAUACACAGUGGAGAGAGCCCCACCAACUGCUCCCAAUGUGGGAAGAGCUUACAGUUGGGUAAGAGACCUAAAGAACAUCAGAGAGUACACAAAGAGGAGAAGCCUUUCCACUGCUCCCAAUGUGGGAAAGCUUCAAUGAGAAAGGAAAUCUAAAGCAACACC